AUGUGGGGCUUCCUCCUCUGCUGCCUUGUGGCCUUGGCCACUUGUGAAGACCUCCGCUAUGAGCCAGGCCUCAACCCGAGGAAGACCUAUGAGUACAAAUAUGAGGGAGAGGUGAAUGUUGGACGUGGCAUGCCAAACCUGGCAGAGUCAGGAGUGAGAAUGAUGUGCAAGGUCAAAAUUGCCGGAGUGUCUGCACAAACCUUCAUGCUUCAGGUGUCAGAUCUGGCCUUCGAGGAGUUCAAUGGCUUCCCUGGGAAGAAUGCCUUUGAUGCCUCCCCGAAGCUUAGCAAGCGUAUUGCCGACCAGCUUGUCAAGCCGUUUCUGUUUGAGUACGCCAACGGACGUGUUGGCGACAUCCGCGGUCCCACUGAGAUUCCUGACAGUAUUGUCAACAUUGUGAGAGGGAUACUUGAUUUCCUCCAAGUCACUGUCAAGACCACCCAGAGAGUCUAUGAGCUCGAGGAGGUUGGCAUCCACGGAUUGUGUCAGAGUAACUAUGCUGUGGAGGACAACGCGGAAACAAAGGACAUGAUCAUCACUCAAGUUGUUGAUACCAAUAACUGCAGGGAAAAAGCAGCAAUCUACAGGGGAAUGGCCACUGCUGUUGUCGACAAAUUAUCUGAAGAGAGAGGGGAAUCGGUCAUUUCAACCGUGAGAUAUGUUUACACAGUCAAACCAACAGCAGAGGGAGGUCUCAUUGCCAGGGCCCACGCUCUGGAGCGACAUCAUUUCACUCCCUUCAAUGUCAAGGGCGGCACUUUCAAGAUGCAAACAAUGAAGGAAAUAGUGCUCCUCGGUGUGACUGACACUGCUGGAAGCAUUCCUGUGGGCACCAUGGAGAGCAAGGGCAGCCUGGUUUACAAGUUUGUUGAAGAGCAAGCCAACAUCCCCCUUCUGAUGCAAAACCUGGACGACCCCGUGCCAAAGGCUGUUGAAUUGAUCAAGCGUUUGGCCGAAGCCACCGCUUACCAGAUUGACAAUGCAAAGACUGAGGAUACCAUCAGAGUGUAUCAGCUCCUCCGUGUGACCCCCUUUGAAGGCCUGGAGGCUAUGUGGAAGCAGUUUGCAGGAAAUGAGGAACAGAGGCGUUGGUUUUUGGACAUGAUCGUCGAGGUCAGUGAUGCCAGAAUCCUGAAAUUUCUGGAACUGAGGUUCAAGGCCGAGGAUGUGUCUGCCCUCGAAGCUGGUGAAACCCUCCUGCUGGCGUUUAACCAUCUCCAGGCUAUUCCGGAGCUGGUGGAGAUGGCUAAAGAGUUCCUGACCAUGCCUUUCAGUAAAUCCAAUCCAUACCUGUGGCAGAGUGUGGCCCUUGCGUAUGGCUCUCUGGUGUAUAAGCACUGCGCCUAUUACACACCUUGUCCAGUAGCUGCUGUUCAGCCUCUGCUGGACGUGGCCUUGGAUGCUCUGAGGAACAACAACGAGGCAGAGAUGGUGGUUGCUCUGAAAGCCCUGGGCAAUGCGGGCCAUCCAAACAGUAUUAAAACCAUCAUGCGCUUCCUCCCUGGAGUGGCAGCCACCCCCGUGCAGCUCCCACCCCGGGUGCUGAGUGCUGCUGUGCAGUCUAUGAGACUCAUCGCUGCCCGAGACCCUCACAGUGUCCAGGACAUCACCAUGAGUCUUUUCUUGCAAAAAGACCUCCCCUCUGAGAUACGCAUGCUUGCCUUCAUGGUGCUUUUUGAGACUAAGCCACCAAUGGCUCUGGUGUCCACAGUGACAGCUCACCUCCUGGACGAGAAAGACCUCCAUGUCGCUAGCUUUGCAUAUUCUUACAUGAGGAGCUUCGCCAGGUCCAGUACUCCAGACAAUCAGUUCCUUUCGACAGCUUGCAGUGUAGCUGUAAAAAUCCUGGCCCCUAAAUUUGGACGUCUCUGCUAUCACUACAGCAAAGCAAUGCGCAUGGACUACUUUAAUGACAAUUUCCUAAUGGGCACAGAUGCAGAAGUCUUCAUGCUUAAAAGUACAACAAAGAUCCUCCCCUCUGAGAUCAUGAUGAAAGGGAGAUUCUAUUUCAUUGGGAGAAUUCUCCAGCUUCUUGAGUUGGGUGUCCGUGCUGAAGGAAUUAAGGAACUGUUUGGCACCCACAUCCCUGGAUUAAAAGGAGAUCUUAGUUUCAGUGACUUCCAGGCUAUUGUCAGUGUGCUCCAAAACUGGGAAGUUUUACCAGAAGACAAGCCCUUGUUUUCUGUCUAUUCACGGGCCUCUGGACAAGAAUGGCUCUUUGCUGAUGUGCACAAGAAGUUCAUUCAGAGUGUCAUCAAGGCUGUCAGUCCUUCUGCAGGCAAAGAAAGCCCUGUGUGGGGCAUGAUUGAAAAUCUCCAGAAAGGCAUUUCAUGGCACCGGACGAAGGCUCUUCUGAUGUUUGAGACACGGUAUUUCCAAGCCACCAGCCUGGGCUUCCCACUAGAGAUCAGCAAAUACUUUGAAACAGUCAAUGGCAUCACAGUCAAUGCAAAGGCCGGAGUAAACCCACCCAUAACCGAACAUCUUGGACAACUUCUGACAAGUGAAAUUUCACUGGAGACUGAUGGUUUUGUUGGCCUCACCCAGGAUUUUUGGGUUUUCUACGGGAUCAACACAGAGCUGUUCCAGUGUGGUGCUGAGCUGAAGAGUAAAAUUCCAGUUGCCAUCCCAUGGAAGUUUGCCGCCAAAAUCAAUGUUAGAGAAAAAAAAUUUGAACUGGACUUCCCCCCUUGCAAAAAUGAGUUUGAAAUCUUCUCAGUCACCUCUGAUGUCUACGCAGUCUCUAGGAACACUGAGGAGCCAGAUUUGGCUAAAAUGACCCCAAUGAUGCCCAGCGCCUUAGAUUCCACUGCCCAAGUCCUCAACACGCCUGCGACAGUGAGGUCUGAGUCAAAUCAGAUCGUGACAUCACACAUCUGGCAUCCAAGAGCUAAGAUGUGCAGCGAGAGCAACAUUUAUGGAGCAGGUAUCUGUGUGGAAUCUGAGUUGAGGAGAGAGUAUUACCACGAGGAGUACCCCCUGUACUAUUUCCUGGGAUACACACACCUUGCAUGCAAAGUUGUCCCAGCCCAAGCAAUCAAACCUGUGGACAAAAUCCACUUUGAGUUUAACGCCGGACCAAGCAGGCAUCCAAUGAACGUGCGCCAACUGCUUGAAACUCUGAGGAGGCUUUCCAAGAAAGCCCCCAGACAAUUAAGCCUGUCUUCUGGUUCAGCAUCGACCAGCAGAAUGUCUUCUCACCAGCAUCAUGACAUCAUAGAAGAGGGCUGGGACUCAACACCGGAAGCAGUGUUCAACUUGAAAGCCUUAGCUAUGAGUGGCAACAUGAAGCCCGAGGGUUACGACGCAGCCGUCUACUACACGCCAGAGGCAAACAUGGAGAAUGUCCAGCUGAUUGUGUCCCAGGUUGGAGAGGAGGCCAACUGGAAGAUGUGCACUGACGCCGUCGUGGAUAAGGUCCACGCCGAGGCAAAGGCACACAUGAGAUGGGGAGCUGAAUGUCAGUCCUAUGAAAUGUCAAUGAAGGCCGCCACUGCCCAUCUGCCUGGCUCCAAGCCAGCGCUGAAGGCCAAGGUCCACUGGACGAGGAUCCCUGAAUUCAUGGAGCUUUGGGGCAGAAGAAUUGAAAGAUACAUCCCCGGCAUGGCUUUCCUUUUUGGCUUCUACGAGCGGCAUGAGAAAAAUGCCAAGCAGGAGGUUUCAGCGUCGGUUGUUGCUGCCUCAGCAGACAGCAUAGAUAUGAAGAUCAAAUUCCCAGAGUAUACAGUGUACCGGCAGGCUAUUCCUAUUCCAUUCCCAGUUGCCAGUUUUCAGGAGUUUCAACACGACACCAGAAAUACGACAAUGGACAGCUUUGGACAUGCAUAACCAUAGAGACAACACAGCCCAGCUGGGAGCCAGAUGCCUCUCUCACAGAGAUAACACCGGGACCAGAAUCUCACCGCCAUGCCUAAUUUGAGGAUCGUAAAAGAUGUAUUUCUAAUCCAUGAGAUGUCAGUAGAUUGGAAAUAAUUUGUAAUGGUCCAGAUUUGCUCAUCUGAAAGCAUGUAAAUAUUUGAACACCUUCCCUUG